GGAAUGUGCAUGCAAAUAGAUUUAUGCUAACGACAUGCUAAUGAGGUGCUGGCUGGGAAUAGUCAGGUCUAUCCAGGCUGCUGCUAAGAGCUAAGAUGGAGGACUGGAGUGAGCGAAGAAUGGCCAUGUAUUGAAGAUUGUAGAUAGAGGUUUUCGUGUGUGUUUUCUGUACAUAUGGAGGAGUUUUUAGAAACUGAUCAUGCCUAGAAAGGGGAAUGGACAGCUGCCGUUACCGGAUGGCUGGGAAGAAGCGAGGGAUUAUGAUGGUAAAGUGUUUUAUAUCGACCACAACACCAAGCAAACCAGCUGGAUCGACCCCAGAGACAGGUUAACAAAGCCCUUGUCGUUUGCAGACUGUGUGGGAGAUGAACUCCCGUGGGGAUGGGAGGCUGCUUACGAUCCUCAAAUUGGCAUCUACUAUAUUGACCACACUAACAAGACGACCCAGCUGGAGGAUCCCCGGAAGCAGUGGCGGAAGGAGCAGGAGCUGAUGUUGAAGGACUACUUGACAGUGGCGCAGGAUGCCCUCAGCACUCAGAAGGAGCUCUACCAAGUUAAGGAGCAGAGGCUGGUGCUGGCCCUAGACGAGUAUUUGCGAUUGAAUGAUGCCUUCAAAGAAAAAUCCAGCUCCCGGACAAGUUUAUUCUCAGGAUCUUCUUCAAGUACAAAAUAUGACCCUGACAUUCUAAAAGCAGAAAUAUCAACUACAAAAGUCAGAGUAAGUAAGCUGAAGAGAGAACUUACACAAAUGAAACAAGAACUUCUGUACAAAGAACAAGGCUGUGAAACCUUACAACAAAUUGACCAAAAAAUGUGUGGAGGCCAGAGCGGGUAUGAGCUGAAGGAAGCAAAAGCCAUUCUGAGUGAGCUCAAAUCCAUUCGGAAAGCUAUUAGCUCUGGAGAGAAAGAGAAGCAGGAUUUGAUGCAGAGCCUGGUGAAGUUGAAGGAGCGAUUCCAUUCUGACCAGUUCAUAGGAAGGUCCGAACCUGAUCUGCGCUCCACUUCAGCAGGGUCCCACCUCUCCCUGUCCAAACAAAGGCUUGAUGCUGGCUCUCAGACUGACAUCUCUGGAGAGCUUGGCUUGAGAAGCAGGUGGAACCUCGCUGAAAAGGUCCGGCUAAGCCUGCAGUAUGAAGAAGCCAAGCGAAGCAUGGCUAAUCUGAAGAUUGAGCUGGCAAAGAUGGAGAGCGAGGCGUGGCCGGGCGCCCUGGACGUGGAGAAGGAGAAACUGAUGCUGAUCAAUGAGAAGGAGGAGCUCCUGAAGGAGCUGCAGUUUGUGACGCCCCGUCAACGCACACAGGAUGAGCUUGAACACCUGGAGACUGAGCGCCAGAAAUUAGAAGAGGACUUGCUGUCUGCCAAAAGCACACCCAGCCAGGCACUAGCUGAGAGAUUGAAAGUUCAAGAGAAGAGAAGGGAGUUGGUGCAGAAGUUGGAAGAGUCUACUAGACUUGCAAUGCUCUUACAUUCACAGCUUAAAAGCCUAUCUGCCAGCACAUUGUCUGUGUCUUCAGGAAGCAGUCUGGGCUCACUGGCAUCAAGCCGAGGUUCCCUCAACACCUCCAGCAGGGGCUCUCUCAACUCCCUCAGUUCCACUGAUCUCUACUACAACCAGGCAGAUCAGACCACAGACCUGGACUACCAAUACAAACUAGACCUAAUGCUGCAGGAAAAGACUGGUUACAGUCCCUCAGGAUCCAUCACCACCAUUCAUGAGAAUGAGGUGGUCAAGUCCCACGGCAACUUGCAUUUCACAGACUCUUCUGAAUCCCCUGCUCCUGGCCACACGGUUAAGGCCACAGAGCCUCCCAAAUCGAUAACAUCACUUUCCUCCAGGUCCUCGCUGUCCUCCCUUUCCCCUCCAGGGUCACCCUUUGUCCUGGAGGGAGCCUUUUUACAUUUGACAAAAGACUCCCUAGCCUCAGACUUUGGGGAUUCUGAAAUUGCAGGAGACUUUGCAGGCCUCAACUUUUAUGAGAACCACAUUUUAUCGGAUUCUGGAACAGGGGCUGGACAUUUUCUUUCUGGAGACAAGGAGCACAGUGAAGGACUCGGACGUCCCCUCUCCACAUUACGGGAAGAUGUUGAUUUGCAAAGAAGAGCAGAAGGUCAUUUGCUUGAAGGGAAGACAGCUUGUGUGUCUGCAGCUGUAUCUGACGAGUCGGUUGCUGGAGACAGUGGCGUAUAUGAAGCAUCUGCCAAACAGUCAGUUGAAGUGGAAGACACGGUUUAUACUCAAGAUGAUCUCACAGCUUUAGAGGCAGCUCAAGUUCAGAUUGGACUCAAAUAUGAUAUUAUUAAUUCCAGUUUUGUAAUAAUUGUAAUGCAGAUGAGAAAUCAGAACACUCUUCUGGUGCCACAUGGUACAAAACUGUACGUUAGAGUUGCCUUGCUUCCCUCUUCAAAUGACACCAGCUGCUUGUUCCGCACUAAAGUCCUCACUAUGGCAGACAUCAUUGUCUUCAAUGAAAUCUUCAGGGCUGCAGUAUCCCAGAUAACUCUGCGGAGGAAGACCGUGAGACUAGAUGUCUGCACUGUGGGCAACACCUGCCAGGAGGAAUGUCUGGCUGGAACAGAGAUAAGCUUAGCAGACCUUUUGUUGUCUGGUGAAAUCUCAAGCCACUGGUACAACUUGUUGCCUUGUAAGAAAAUCUCAAGUCAAAAGAACCAAGAACAAAAUGAAGAAAUGGCUCUGGCUCUCCCAGAUCAGCACUUGGGCAUUGUGGAUUUGGAUGCUGUAUCUGCAUUGCUGCAAAGGACCUCUGCUGAGCUGGAGGCAGUAGAGCAGGAACUUGCACAAGAAGAGAAAGACGGGCAGAUGGAGGAAUGGGUGGAGAUGCUUAUAGAGGACACAGGUGAGUUGGCCCAGGGAGAGGAGGUGGGGGAGGAGGAGGAAGCUGAAGCUAAGCUGAUGGCAGAAGAUGAUGAUUUUCCUGCCAGCGCCCAAUCGUACCCCGAUGGAAAUUGUAUUUUGAUAGCUGAAGGACCAACAUUGGUGGACAAAGAGACCAACACGGAGGAGACAGUUCCUGAGAAUGUGCCAGUCAGGCCAAAGGACAAAAACAACCUAAACUCCAGGCAAAGGUCAUUUGUGAGGAACAGCAUGAUCGUACGCUCCCAAACCUUUUCACCAGGAGAGCGCAACCAGUAUAUCUGCAGGUUGAACAGAAGCGACAGUGACAGUUCAACGCUAGCCAAAAAGUCUCCCUUUGUAAGAAACGCUUCCGAAAGAUGCAGUCUGAGAGUGAAACGGACUAUUUGCCAGCCAGUGAUGAGGCGGGCGGCUCAGGAGCACCCUGUCCGAACCUCUCUGGACCUAGAGUUGGAUCUCCAGGCAUCGCGGACCCGGCAGAGUCGCCUGGACGAUGAGCUGCAGGCUCUGCGGGACCUGAGGGAGAGGCUGGAUGAAAUGAAGGCCCAAGGAGAGACAGAGCUCCCUCGCUGCAUCCUCGAGGACGAGCGCUUUCAGAAACUCCUCAAAAAGGCAGAAAAACAGGCUGAGCAGUCUAAAGAGGAACAAAAGCAGGGGUUGAAAGCUGAAAAGCUGAUGAGGAAGGCGUCUAAGGAGGUGUACAGGUUACGGGAGCAGAGUCAGAAAGUUCCCUUACAAGUUCAGUCAUUCAGGGAGAAGAUGGCCUAUUUCACCAGAGCAAAGAUCAAUAUACCUUCUUUGUCAGCAGAUGAUGUAUAAUUAUAUUUUAUAGAAAACAAUGAAGUAUUUUUUAUCCAGUUCAACUUUUUAGCAGAAUAUUUUGAUAGUAGAGCUACUUGGAUUAAAAAUAAAUAAAUAAAUAAAAAUCUUAUUUUACAACUGUGUUUUGACAGCAUAGAAAUAAUGUAUUUGUAUAAUAAAUUGUAAUCAAAUACAUUUUUUGUAAAGGUUUCUUUUUUCAGAGAAAACCAAAGUAGAGUUAUCCUGGUACAUUUUAAGGCUAAUGUGUGUGUACAGUUUGUAUGUAUUCUUGGUGUGGUUUUAAUUUGUACAGGUGGGCCACAGGAGCAUUUUGUUGAACAGCACUGCUUUGAGAAAUAAUAUUCCGUUCGACAGAAUAUACUCUGUGAUAGUCACUGUUUUUUGUGCGAGUCGACUGUGACGACUGGCUCUGGCCGUGCUGUGUUUGUGUACGACGAUGAAAGCUUCAGUGUGUGUUGAGUGUGCACUUCCUGUUCUGAACUUACAAAACACACGUGCAGUGUAGU